CUCCGUUCCAUAUCAUUAGUUCUGGUGAAUUGUCAACUUGACAAUUUGUCAUUUUUUUGCUUGUUCUUUGGAAAAAGGCAGAAUGGGGUACUUGUUUUAAAAAAAGGAUUGUAACUUUAUAAAGAAGCUGAAACAUGAUUUAAUAUUUGUUUGUACUCGCAUUAUUACUGUUCACCAUAUCACUCCAAUUUUCUUUUUAAAUGCCUAGAAACCCAAGCCUAACCUAAAAAUGUUAAGGGAAAAAGGACAACUUAAAUUUGAGGACAAAUGGCCUCAAAUGGAGCCUAUUGUCCUAAAGCUUCUAAAACAGGAACCAGUUUCACCAUCAGAAUGGCAAGAGCUUUUCUAUGAUGUUCAUCUAGUUUGCCUUUGGGACGAGAAGGGCCCCGCGAAAUUGAGAGAUCACCUACAUAAAGAUAUAGUACAGUUUAUAAAACAGGCACAGGCUAGGGUACUAAUGCAUAGGCAAGAGGAAGCCCUACUCAAGGCAUACAUUACUGAAUGGAGAAAAUUUUUCACACAAUGUAAUUAUCUGCCUACACCAUUUAGACAAUUGGAGAGUAGUUUGCAGGGGAAGUCAACCACUGUUAGUUCUACAGUUCAGAAUAAUAGUGGAAAAAAGGGACCAACUGAAGAAAGUAUAGUGAGGAAGCUCAUGUUAGACUCUUGGAAUGAAAGUAUUUUUAGUGAUAUCAAACAUCGAUUACAAGAUAGUGCUAUGAAGUUGGUGAUGGCAGAAAGAAAUGGGGAGGCAUUUGACUCACAGUUAGUCAUAGGUGUUAGGGAAUCAUAUGUAAAUUUGUGUUCAAACACUGAAGAUCGUUUGCAGAUAUACAGGGAAAACUUUGAGGCUGCAUAUAUUCAAAGCACUGAUUUAUUUUAUAGACUUAAAGCCCCAGAACAAUUAGCUUCAAAUGGAGUUCAAGCCUAUAUGAGGUAUGCUGACGCCAAACUGAGAGAAGAAGAAGCUAGAGCAAAGAGGUAUUUAGAAGCAGGCAGCAAUUCUGUGAUACAGUGCUGUGUGAAAGUGCUUGUCGGCAAUGCAUUGCCCGUCCUUUUGGCAGAAUGUGCCCCCCUGAUAAAAGCAGGUGAAACCGAGAGGCUUCAGCUGAUGUUUAGAUUGCUGGAAAGAGUGCCUGAAGGUGUGCAACCUAUGCUGAGGGAGUUGGAGAAUCACAUUACUCAAGCAGGGUUGGCCGAUAUGGUAGCGGCAGCAGAUGUGGUAACACAAGACUCAGAAAAGUAUGUGGAGAGGUUAUUAGAGCUAUUUAGGAAAUUUAGUAAGUUGGUUCUAGAAGCGUUCUCUGACGACCCACGAUUUCUUACAGCCCGAGACAAGGCCUUCGAAGCUGUCGUCAAUGACACCACUGUUUUUAAAUUGGAAUUGGGAACUGGGAAGAGUAUAGGUGGCAAAGCUGUAGCUCCUGAAAGCAAAUGCCCCGAACUACUUGCUAAUUACUGUGAUAUGCUGUUAAGGCGAACUCCGCUCUCAAAGAGAUUAACUAGUGAAGAAAUCGAAUCUAGGUUAAGAGAUGUGUUGUUAGUACUGAAAUAUGUAUCAAAUAAAGAUGUUUUCAUGAGGUACCAUAAAGCGCAUUUAACUCGACGACUAAUAUUAGAUGCUAGCGCCGACAGCGAGAAAGAAGAAGACAUGGUGGAGUGGCUGCGCGAGGUGGGUAUGCCCGCAGACUACGUCAACAAACUAGCCCGGAUGUUUCAAGACAUCAAAGUGAGCGAGGACCUAAACGCGCAGUUCCGGCGUGCCUCGGCAUCGACAGGGCCUGGAACCAGUGCCGCGAGCGGGCCUUCCCUUCCCGGACGCCACGAUGCCAUCAACAUCAAGAUUCUGAAUGCGGGGGCGUGGGCCCGAGGCUCCGAACGGGUCACCGUCAGUCUGCCCGUCGAGCUAGAAGAUUACAUACCUGAGGUAGAGGAGUUCUACAAGAAGAAGCAUUCGGGCAGAAAGUUGCAGUGGUAUCAUCACAUGAGCAAUGGUACAAUAACGUUCUCGACGAAUGGAGGAAAGUUUGAUUUAGAUGUUACCACAUUUCAAAUGGCUGUGCUAUUUGCUUGGAACCAAAGGCCCCAUGAUAAAAUUACCUAUGAAAAUCUCAGGUUAGCCACCGAGUUACCGGACGGCGAGUUACGUAGAACGCUAUGGUCGUUAGUGGCGUUCCCAAAACUAAAACGUCAGUUGUUGUUAUUUUCACCGACUGUUAGUGCACCAAAAGAUUUCACAGAACAUACAGUGUUUUGGGUGCAUCAAGACUUCGCCCUUGUUAAAAACGGCAAACCUCAGAAGAGAGGCAAGGUGAACCUGAUCGGGAGGUUGCAGUUGAGUACAGAACGUUCUCAGAUCGAAGAUAACCAGUCUAUAGUACAAUUACGAAUUCUCAGGACUCAGGAAGCUAUAAUAAAGAUACUAAAGAUGAGGAAAAAGAUUACUAACGUUGCACUGCAAGCGGAGCUGGUGGAUAUUUUGAAAAAUAUGUUUUUACCUUCAAAGAAAAUGAUCAAGGAACAGUUGGAGUGGUUGAUCGAACAAAAAUACAUGAAGAGAGAUGAUGAUGAUAUUAAUACAUUUAUUUAUAUGGCAUAAUUUGUUGAAAAUAUGAAUUACAGUAAAUUGUUAUAAAA